AUGAAGGGGGAAGAGCCCUGCAGUUGCCCCCACAAAUUCCUCUCUUCCCGCUUUGGAAAGGGGUGCUCUGGGGGUUUUCUGGCUGAGCUGGGCUUGUUCGCUACUUGGCCUUUCCUCCUCCAGCCUCCCCCCCCCCAGCACCAGGAGGGCCAGCCCCACUUUGUCUGGGGGCCCCAGCAGUUUCUACCUGGCCAAGGCCUUUCUAUGCCCUCCCCUCUAGGCUUCUGGGAGACCCUCCACUCUCUGCCUGGUCCCAAGCCGGGCUCCUCUCUCAACCCCCCACCACCACCACCGAAACCACUCCAGUGGCCAGCUGUGGGGCCUUGUGGCCCCCCAAGGCCUCGGGCAGAGUGGGCAGGUGGCCCUGGCCCUGCAGUUGGAGCCCCUCGGAUCUCCCCUGGGAAGGAGGGUUUUUUGGCUGGGAUGAUUCUGAGCUUCGCUUCCAAGUCUGUGGGCUGA